UCAUUUUUUGCAGGAAAAUGUCUAAGUUGCCACCAUCUGGUCAAGGACUAACCAAACGUAAGCGACCAGCAACUCUAGUGCCCAGAUUUGUGAGUCGUGUGCCAUCACCAUCUACUCAAUUAUUUGAUUCCUCGUCAGCUACUCCACCAUCAUCCACUCCAUCACUUGGUUCAUCGCAAACUACUCCCCAAGUUGGCUCAUCAUCUACCAGUCCACCACGUGAUUUAUCACAAUCGACUCCAUCACCCAAUACCUCCGCUCAUGCCGGUACUGAUACAACUGUCUCAAAUAAUAAUUCAGAGCAACCACUACAUGUUAUUGGGUCUAUAGGACCAAUGGUCGUUUGUGCAUUGGAGUUAAAAAAAGCAAUUACUUCCUUCAGAAAAAUGUUCCCGAAAGAUUACUUCUCUUUUCAAGGAAAGGGUUGAUCCUCAUGGUUACUCUUGGGCUAACUUAAGUGAAGAUAUAAUAAAGUAUUAUUGGGAUGAGUUUAAGAAGCACUGCUAUUGGAAUCCUAUAAUAGAAUCUUCAAUAAAGGCAGCGUGGACUUCAAAAGCUAAACAAAGAUAUUCCAAUUAUCUCAGUAAUAUGAGAACAGGAAGGUGUGAGACGAAUUCAUCAAUCACUCAAGAAGUUUGGGACAGUUGGAUGAGUAUGUGGAGUAGUGAAGAAUAUCAGAAGAAAUCUAACCAAAGCAAAAAAAAAAUAGGCGUCAAGGUGAAUUAGAGAAGCCUGCCCCCUCUACCCAUACUAGUGGGGCCAUAUCUCAUGCCAAAGAUGCUAGUGAAAUUGAAAAGAACUCCCAAACUACAGUGACAAGUUAUCAGGUUUUUGUGUAUACACAUACAAAGAAUCACGAUGGAGAGACUUUUAUAAAUGAUCAGGCUAAAGAAGUGAAUGAGGAAUUUGUUUCAUGUCGUGAGGAGCUAAUUGAUAUUGGUGAGGAAGUGGAUGAUGAUGAGCUGUUCUAUGAUGUUGUUGGUGGACCUGACUCAAAGAAUAGAUUGUAUGGAGUUGGCUCAUAUAGUACACAAAAUAUUCAUAGUAAAGCUUCAGAGUAUUCUUCUGAAAUGGACACUUCAUCAUCACAAUCUACUAGUGCUGAAGUUAAUCAUUUGAAAGCUGAGGUGGAACGUUUGCAAAAAACUGUGGAACAACAGAAGGAAUUUCAACAACAAGCGGAACAAAAGCAACAGAAAACGGAUGAUGUCAUCCGUGCUUUACAAGAACAAAUUGAAACUUUAGUUCGUAAUAGAUAGAGUUCUUUUUAAGAUGAUAGUCGGUUUUAAUUAGUCAUUUGAUUAGUAGUAUUCUUAAAGACGUAUUCAUUAUUUGAGACAUUACUAUUGUUACUAGAAGGUCAAAGAGCCUAUUCUUUAUAGUUUAGGAAUUUUUUUAUUAUUUGAGACAAUAUUAAUGAUAUUCAUCGUUGUUAUGACCUA